AUGCCGCCACGCGCGCCGAAUGAAACAGGGCCUGUAACGCACGAGGAAAGCAAUGCGCUAGGCAGUGACUUUAUUUCUUUUGAUCAGUCGGAUGAAAGUCAUGUUGAGGAGUCUGAAUCGGAACCUGAACCAGUGGUCGUGGACGAUACGGUGCGCGAGCAUGCAUCGGCUCGAAGCACGCCUUGGGCUCAGCAUGUGCCAUGGCAUAAAUGUCGCAAUGUAUCAGAAAUGUUAUGUGAGGAAGUUCGAACGUACACGGAGUGGAUCUCUCCCACCAAAGAAGAGCAUGCUACUCGUACAAUGGUGAUUGCUCUGCUCCAGCGAGCGUUAUGCUCAAGAUGGCCUGACGCCGAAGUGUAUUCGUUCGGCAGCCAGGACACCGAAUUAUACCUGCCACAAGGCGAUAUUGAUCUGGUGGUUUUGUCCAAAGCGAUGGACUCUCAAUCUCGUGAAGGAACCUUGCGCGAGAUCGCAUCGUGUUUAAGAUCGCAUAAACUCGCGACGAAUAUCCAAGUGAUCGGCCGUGCCAAAGUGCCUAUCAUCAAGUUUGUUUGUCCAUAUGGUCACUUUCAUAUUGAUAUUUCGAUCAACCAGGCGAAUGGACUUCAAACAGCCCAUUUCAUCAACCGCUGGUUACAAAAGCAACCCGCCCUUCGGCCGCUCAUCAUGGUGGUCAAGCAGUUUCUGCAGCAACGCGCGCUUUCAGAAGUUUUCACGGGUGGCCUAGGGAGCUACAGUGUGACGCUAAUGGUGCUGAGCUUCUUGCAAGUGCAUCCGAAAUUGCAGCGUGGAGAAAUGCCCCCCGAGCAGAACCUCGGUGCCUUGCUGAUGGAGUUUUUUGAGUUGUAUGGCAAGAAUUUCGGUUACGACGAGUGUGCUAUCACUGUGCGUGGCCGCGGUGGAUAUGUGAGUAAACGACAGCGAGGCUUUUUUGAUCCACGUAAGCCGUUUAUGCUAAGCAUCGAGGAUCCACAUGACCCAGAGGGUGAUGUGUCCAAAGGAUCGUUUGCCAUUAUUAGUGUGCGCUCAGCCUUAGGAGGCGCCUUUGACAUCUUGCAUGCAGCACUCUGUGAACGUUCGAACGAUUUGCACAACUUUCGACGUCGGCAGCGGCUCUUGUAUAAUCGCCAGAUGCAGAGCACCCAUGUUCAUUUUGAUGCCGAUGCGAGUGAUAAUCGCUUACAUUUGACGUCACAAAUCAAGGAACCGGAAAGUCUACUGGGCUCGGUGUUGGGUGUUUCGCGGGAAAUGAUUCGGCGACGUAAUGAAAUUAAGCAGCUGUAUGAUUCAGAAGUCCUGCAAAAAUUGCUGGAUAUUCCCGUGGAUUCAACGCCAUCAGCACCAGCAGUACGUGUCAACGCGCCCACCCCACAUGACACGUCCGACAACUCGAUCAUGAUUCAUGCACAAGAGAGUAUUAAGCGGCGGGUACAUCCUGAUGAACAAGACACGCCUGAAAGCAAGUAUGACGCAAAACGACCCAAAAAACGUGCUAUGCAGGAUCCCUGGUCCUCACGCGUGCAGUCGGUGCCAUCUGACACCGAAGAAGAGGAGCUCAUGGCCAAUGACGCGCCCUAUGUUGCUGUGUCUAGCGACAGUGACGGUCCCUCACCUGCGCCCGUGGCUAGCACGCCCGUGAAAACACAGGGUCUCCGCAUUGCAGGCCGUGCCAAACAGUCGAAACUAAGCAAGAAAGACCGUUUGCAGUACUGGCAUAACAAGGCAUCAGCUACAUAG